GCGGCGCCGUCACGUCCCGGCGGAGCGGGAGCGCGGCCGAGGCGGCCUUCGGGAACGGGCGCUGGCCGCUGCGGCCCUCCGCCCUGGGCCUCGCAAGUUCUUGAUUUUAUAUUCCCUUUUUAAUAUUAAAAAAAUUCUCUUUUUUAAUCCCGGCGGCUCACAGCUCCUGCCUGCACUUCUUUUAUCACCCGGGGGAGGAAGGGGAGUGUGAGGAAAGGAGCGAAGAAAAUAAAAAAGGAUUUCCUCCCGGAAGAGAGCGGCAGUUGGGAGAGAUUUUUCUUAAGGAGGCAGAAGCGGCGUUUGCAGCCGCCGCGGGCGCCGGGCCUCGCCGGCCCGACCAUGCGCGAUCCGGCCGCGGGCUGCUGAGGCGGCGGACGCGGAAGCGGAGGCCGAGCGCCAGGGCCGGAGCGAGUUCUGCCCGCCGUGCGGCGGCGGCGGGGGGAUGGAGCCUGCGGCCGCGCCCCGGCCCGACAUGGCGCCGGAGCUGACCCUGGAGGAGGAGCAGGCCACCAAGCAGUUUCUUGAAGAGAUUAACAAGUGGACAGUGCAGUACAAUGUUUCUCCGCUCUCUUGGAACGUGGCUGUCAAGUUCCUCAUGGCCAGGAAGUUUGAUGUGCUCCGCGCAGUAGAGUUAUUCCACUCCUACAGAGUAUGCCAGAUCAAAGAGUAUCUGCUUUUCCUGAAGGGCAGAGAAAGACCUUUGAAAAUAGAUUGCUUGAGCCAAGAGUUUGAGGUUGCUAAUGUUCGCGACCCAACAGGAGCCUCCAUUGCCCUCUUUACUGCCAGAUUGCAUCAUCCUCACAAGUCAGUUCAACACGUGGUACUUCAGGCUCUGUUUUACUUGCUGGACAGAGCUGUGGAUAGCUUUGAAACUCAGAGGAAUGGACUGGUGUUUAUCUAUGACAUGUGCGGUUCUAAUUAUGCCAACUUUGAGCUGGAUCUUGGCAAGAAAGUUCUAAACCUGCUGAAGGGAGCGUUUCCAGCUCGUUUGAAGAAGGUGCUGAUUGUGGGAGCACCCAUAUGGUUCAGAGUGCCCUAUUCCAUCAUCAGUCUCCUCCUGAAGGACAAAGUCCGGGAGAGGAUUCAGAUAUUAAAGACAUCUGAGGUCACCCAGCACCUGCCCAGGGAGUGCCUUCCAGAAAACCUGGGUGGAUAUGUCAAAAUUGACCUCGCCACUUGGAAUUUCCAGUUCCUACCCCAGGUGAACGGCCACCCAGAUCCCUUCGAUGAGAUCAUCCAGUUCUCCCUCCCUCCUGCUUUAGAUGGGGACUCGGUACAUGUUCCAGGUCCCCAUGCCAUGACCAUCCAAGAGUUGGUGGACUAUGUUAACACCAGGCAAAAGCAGGGCAUAUAUGAGGAGUAUGAAGACAUCCGUCGUGAGAACCCCGUUGGCACUUUCCAUUGUUCCAUGUCUCCAGGAAACCUAGAGAAGAACCGUUACGGGGAUGUACCCUGCCUGGACCAAACUAGGGUGAAGCUGACAAAGCGAAGUGGCCAUACUCAGACAGAUUACAUCAAUGCCAGUUUCAUGGAUGGCUAUAAGCAGAAGAAUGCUUACAUUGGUACACAAGGCCCUUUGGAGAAUACCUAUCGUGAUUUCUGGCUCAUGGUAUGGGAGCAAAAAGUCUUGGUGAUUGUCAUGACCACCCGCUUUGAGGAAGGUGGCAGGAGAAAGUGUGGCCAAUACUGGCCUUUAGAAAAAGACUCUCGGGUCCGAUUUGGCUUCCUCACAGUGACCAAUCUAGGUGUGGAGAACAUGAACCAUUAUAAGAAAACAACGCUAGAAAUUCUCAACACAGAGGAGCGGCAGAAACGCCAGGUGACCCACUUCCAGUUCCUGAGCUGGCCAGAUUAUGGCGUCCCUUCCUCAGCAGCUUCCCUCAUUGACUUUUUGAGAGUGGUCAGAAAUCAGCAGAGUCUGGCUGUGAGCAGCACGGCAGUACGUUCCAAAGGGCAGUGUCCUGAGCCACCCAUCGUGGUCCACUGCAGUGCAGGCAUUGGCAGGACAGGUACCUUCUGCUCACUGGACAUCUGCCUGGCACAGCUAGAGGAGCUUGGCACCCUUAAUGUGUUCCAGACGGUGUCACGAAUGAGAACCCAGAGGGCCUUCAGCAUCCAGACCCCUGAGCAGUACUAUUUUUGCUACAAGGCCAUCCUGGAGUUUGCAGAGAAGGAGGGCAUGGUGUCCUCUGGCCGCAACCUGCUGGCCAUGGAGAGUCAAUAACUCUCCCAUGAGCCUCCUACCUGCUGGCCAGCCUUCCUUAAACUAUCCUGGACACCACUGGGCCUAUAGGUUACCAACAGUUUUGCUGAAGCCAUGGAUCAACCUUUCUCUUAUAAGUCUCCUGGCACACGUGUACAUGCAAGGCGGCAUUCCCUCUGGCUAGAUAUAUGUGGCGAAAUUGCCACUAGAAAGAGCCAGCAGCAAUGUGUUCUGAAUUCCUAGCACCUGCUAUCAAACUGUGCCUUAUUAAAACCAAAUUGUGGCUAUUGAUUUUUGCCAGGGCCCCCGAGGUAAGUGGGGAAGGAACCUCCCUCCCCCUUUCCCAAUGCCAUUAUCCUUCUGGAGGUCUCCUCUUUCCCUUUGCCAGGAUUUUAUGGGAAGGUUUGGUGAGCAUUCACCUUCCUCCCCAAGAGCUUGAUUGACCAAGUUACAUAUUCUACAGAUCGUCCUGAGUGCCAAGCACGUUUAUACACAGGGCGUGUAUUCCAGUCUUUUUUGUCAUUGUGUGUGUGUGUGUGUGUGUGUAUGUGCACUUAUGUGUAUGGGUCCAUAUGUAUGUGUGUAUAUAAUAUAUAUUGUAUGUGAUAAUAUGAUUGUAUUCUAUAAAUACAUAUACACACAGAUAUUCCUUUGCAGAAGUUCCUGGGGUUCCAUGUUGCAGUUCAGGGCUCCUUGCUUCUUGGAUCCUGCUAUUUAUCCUGGAGUAGCUGGGGUUGGGGAUCCUGUCUCCUGUUGUCAGACUGCAGAGUGGUGAAACAGGACACACACACACACACACAAAUCUCCUACAUGCUCCUGCCACAGGCCCUCAUCCUUAAGUAGUGACUUACCUCCAGAUGCUGCGUGUUAGAGCCAAGGAUAUUGGUUUGUGGUGACACUGGGUUAAUUCAGCAUGGGUUGCCCUUAUAUGAUGAUUUUUUUCUGGUUACUUGGCCAUUUUUGGGAACAGACCUCCACUGUGAUUCCAUGUUCUCUCUUUCCUCUCACUACCCGAGGGAUGAGAGAUCCCAGGGAUAGAGAUGAACUCACUGAGCAGCCAGAGCCAAAAGCAACUGGUACAAAGUCUUAGAAGGAAAGAAGGGGAGCCUAGGUGUGAGAGAGAGGAAACUACUAUAAGAAUCCCUCUGGGAGGACAAGCUAGGGCCCCUUUUUCUUUUGCUGGAUGGUUCCUUUCUUUAUGCAGCUUGGCCCUAUCUACCAAGAUGCCCAUCUCUUCCUGCUUGCUAGCCUGUCAGACCCUGGAGCUCAAGCUCAAGAUUCUGUGCCAAUAAAAAGCUUAACCCCCUGGCUGGGUGAGGUGGUCCCCUACACACUACAACCUGCUCCCAGUUCACCCAUCCUGAUGUGCCAGGGAUGCAGUCUAGAGUCCCCAGCACUCCACGUUCCUAUGAAAAUUCCAGGAACCCUUAAACCUUCCCCCAUCAUAGAAGAGGUUGGUGGCUAAUCAGACCUCAAUAAUUUUAUACUGUAAUAAGCUCUUUGAAUAUGUAUAUUCUUAUUUUUUACAAUCAUUUCAUUUUGUAUUUAGCAUUAAUGGAUUGAGUCAGAUUCAGAAAAUAGUUGUAAUGUUCAUAAUCAAUAUCUUACAGUGAUACAGUUUUGUAUUUACAUAUAAAUAUACUGACAUGAUCAAAACCCUUUUAGCUUCAUCAAUUUAGCAGUCUGGGGCUGGGAAGGAGGGGGUCUAGGAGCUGGUCUGGGAGGGAUGGGGAGGCAGGGAGGGACCCAAGGCUCCAGUAUCUGAGACUUUCAGUUCUGAGAGCUACCUACCUUGUCUGUAGGCCAUGGCCUUAGCUCUGGACAAAGGGGCCCAAUACCAGUUGAGCUCUUGCUAUGUGCCAAGCUCUAUGAUGGGUGCUUCCCCAUUACCUCAUUUAAACCUCACAACAAUCCAGUGAGAUAUUAUCCUCUCCCUCCUUUCCCUUGUCUACCCUUUUCUCAUUUCUCUAUAGAUGAGUAAGGUGAGGUUCAGAGGGUUACGGUGAUUUGCUCUAAAACUGAAGCUCAAGUUGGUCUGCCUACAAAGCCUUUUAUCUCUUCAUCGUGUCAAAAAUGGAGAUAGUGCUUUGUAUUUGGAGACUAGAGGUUUUUCAAACUCUGAGUGUAAGCAAUUCUUAAAUUCCAGGUGGUUGGUCUUGAACCCAUGUUUGAUGUGGUGGACCCGAAGGGUGACAAGGUUGGUAACUGAUUAUCCCAGUUGGGACCUCCUGAUGUAGGGUCGUCGGGUCUGCAGAGUACCAAAGGGGUCCUUCUCCUGGGGGGAAACUAUACAUGUGGGCAUAUUGGUCUUUGUGGGAAUAUCUUGAUUCAUUUACAUUUCUCUCUUAUAAAAAUGGAACCAGAAGCUUUGUCCCUGUAGGACCACUCCCUGUACCAUCCCUGUUGGCCAGUGAUAGCCUGCUCAGAUGGGGCAGUUCUGGCUGGCAGAUAGUGGGGUAGUCAUAGCAUCUAACACAUACGGGAUGCUUACUCUAGUGCAGGUACUGUUUAGAGUAAUUUCUAGGUAUUGUCUCCUUUACUGUCUACAACCUUUUGAGGUAGCUAUGGACAGAAGGAAAAAAUUGAGACACAGGAACAUGGACCAUCUGACUCCCAAGUACCUUCUCUUAACUCUUAACACGAGAUUCCUCCUAAGUAUCCAUCUCCAGAUCUGCCAACAAAUUUUUCUUGAGUUUCUCACCUUAAUCAAGAGCUGAAGUGUAGAGUAAAAGAUCAAGCCAGACCUUGCCCCAGAUGAGCUGCAUUCUCAUGGAGGCACGCAAGCAAGACAUGAUCAGAGAGUAUUUGAUAUUUGAAAUCUGAGAAAUUAGAGGUUGGGAUUGGUGGAAUAGGUAGGAAAUGGGAUUAAUGAUAAAAGGUCUGGAGAAGAUAACUUCAAACUGUCAUUUAUUUGAAGAGGCUGUAUCCCAACUGUAAAUUCAAAGUUAUGCAUGAAUUACUCAUUGCAUAUCUGAGGAUCAGUGAGGUAAUCACUUACAGAGCUCCAGAAAAAUGCAGAUUCCCAGGCUUACCCAGGAGGUGGUUGAGUGACAGGAUGAUCCAUGUUUGGGAACCACUGACAUAUAGUUUGUGUGUCUCUGACUCUGUGGAGAGUUAUCAAAUUGAUGUCUCCUGAAUUUUCAGUAAAACUCUGAGAGAAAGGGACCAGUAGCUUUCCCUCCACCGCCAUUGUUUGUAGCUUUUACCAGUGUGAGUUUAGCUGUGCUAGGUGUUAAAGGAGGAGGGAAAGGAAAGGGAAGGCAGAGAUGGAGCCCAGAAUCUGUUUAGGAAGUCAAGGAUCUCACCCAGGAGACUUAGUGAAGAAAGCAGGAGAAACGUGUUCAGGGGAUAGAAGAAACAUUGUGGGCUAAAGCAGUAUUCUGCUUUGCUGUUUUUUUUUUGCCUAACUUACUGUUAACAUUGCCAUGGUAUAUAAUUUUUCAAACACAAGAGAUAAUCCCCUGGUCCCCUGUUUUUCCUAUUGCUCCUUCAUCCUGCUCAUCCCUGUGCGCUAGGAUGGGACUCCUGAGGUAAAGGGUGCCCCAGCAUCCUCAGCCCAGGAGGCCCACCGUUAUUGUCUCCAUGUGACAAUAUGCAGGUAAAUGACAGAGUAGGAUCUGCUCUUGAGAGAUGGUACUAAGCAUCAUGGCCUUAGGGAUGUGGUUCCUGCCCUCAAAAAGAUGCUUCCCAUCUCUAGGAACAAUCAGACACACAGAUUCCUGUAAAUCAGACUUAGAGGGAGAGAGGCCAAGAGGUACUGGCCAGGUCGAAAAGAUUUUCUAGAGUGACUGAGCUCUUUCGUAGUUUUGAGGUCUUUGCACUCUAUCCAUCCUAAGUCCUGGUUUCCCUCUGUAAAAGAAAGGGCUGCACUAGAUGGUUCUACUGUGGGUCCUCUGACUAAGGGUCCAAUUCUUUGUUAGACAGUAUAGACACCCAUGGAGGAACUAUCAGGCCCAACUUCAGUUGGGUCAGCUCCCAUUGCACUUCCCAUUUGUAGCUUGUUUUCAAAGACUUUUCUUUCAAGCAGCUGCCACUUCUCUAUAUUCCCUCAGUUCUCUUCCCAUGCAGCCCCCAACUGGAUGAAAAACAAGUCAAGUCUCCUCUGUAAUUUCCAAGACCACUCUUGUAGGGUCUUCCCUGGGAAAGGGAAGUCUUCCCUGUUGCUCAGUGUGGUAUAGACAGGGUGACUCAGAGUCAAAGAAUGAACUGAGCAAGGGUCCCAGAGCUCCCAACCUAGGUCUUAUGUUUGUUCCAGGCCUUGGUCACUACUCACAGACCACCAUUAGCUUACCAAAGGCAGGAGUGUAAGCUCCAACCAGCCUGGGAACACAUUUUCUCUUGGGAUAUUUCUGCCCUGUAGUUACCAUCACACAACACUUAAAACUAUCAAGUGUUUUGGACUGCAUUGCUCCAAGUUGACCACAGAGAAGACUGGAAUCUUCUUCACAAAUAGAAAUAUAGCACUCUGAAGCCUGUUAUAGUAUUUAAAUCUCCUUCACCUUGGCUGUCAUAAAAUUAUUCCUCCUGUUUAAGCUAAAUCUGGCAUGCGGCAGUCUUAAAUAACGAUAUUUUUCAUGCAAAGGCCAUGGUGGACAUAGCUAAUUACACUGGAAUCCUAGCUAGGAGUGUUGGAUGGAGUUUGGGAGCUGUGGUGCCUUCAACAAUUGAGGGUAAUAAUUUCCUGAUGGUUUGACUAUGAUGACUAGAGUAGGAAAGCAAGGCAGUAAGAUGUGGGAGAAGGGAGUCAAAAAAGGCACAGCGCAAUUUCCCCACUUAAAGCUCACGUUCUUCUACCCCUCGCCAACAUCAGAAUCUGGCCACUUCUCUAAGCUGCUGUAGAGUUUGUCUUAAGCCUCCAGAUCGGCUGGAUGCACGCUGGGGGAAGGUCAGCCAUUUCAUCCUGUGGGGUCUCUUACUUCAGUUUUAAUGAAUACCUUUUCUAUGGCCAGCAGCCAGUGGCAGUCUGGAGUCUGCUGUUCAGAGCAGAUUCUGGGCUGGACAUGUCAAUUUGGAACUUUGUUUAGAUAGAAGCAAUGAGCAUUAGAAGUGAAGAAUGAGGAAGACAAGAAGAGGAGAGGCCACCAACCUUAGGGAAUGGGUAGAGGAAGGAAAGCUCCUGAAGGGCACUGAUCCACAGGCUCCUGAGAGGUAGGGAGUGGCUCGGCUGAAAGAACGUGAUUCAGAAAUGGGGGUUCCCUAGAGGUCUCUGAAGGGACUCAGUGGCUGUUAGGCAAUGAGAGGUGAAGGAAUAGAGACUGCAGGCUCAGGCUGUCCUCACUUCAAUCAAAACAAGGCCCACAUUUUUAUUUUACGAAUUAGGCUUCUGAAUAAGGUUUUAUUUGAACAAAAGAACUUCUGCUUAAAAAGUCUCGAAACAACUGGUAUACAAAAGGAAACACUUUAAGCUUAAAGCCAGGUAAACUGGGAAACAUGCUGAGUGACCCAGAAUGGUAAACUAAUGUUCUGCUGGAGGAAACAUUUCAAGGCAGUAAAUAGCAGUCUUAACUCCACUCAAAAAUACCAAGCCUCCAAGGCCACC